GUGUUCCUGUCAUCCACUGCAACUGAGUACAGCUCUCUUACUAUUGAACUAAACAAACCCAUAAAGAAUGACCUGGUCCUUGACCAAACCCAAGAAAAUCUGUACGUGAUGACCACGGACAAGGUGCAUCGGCUUCCUGUGCAGGACUGCCACAAGUAUUCGGACUGUGAGAAGUGCACUCAGGCGAGGGAUCCGUACUGCGGCUGGUGUGUGAGAGAGGGCAGGUGCACAAAGAAGGCAGACUGUGGAACAUCCGAUAAGGAGAACCACUGGCUGUGGAGUCCAAGUGGCACGUGCAUGACUAUCGUUAGUGCAGAACCUCUAAAUAUGAGUCGCAGAGCCCCUGCUAAGGUGGAACUGACUGUAAGUCCACUGCCAGCUUUGACUACGGGUGACGAGGUUUGGUGUACAUUCGGUGGAACAACCCGUUACGCUCAAUUAAAAGAAGAGGUUAUUAUCUGUGAUCCACCCGAUAUAAUUCCUCCAACACCAAAAGGUCAAGAUCAUGUUUCAGUUCCACUUCAGUUAACCUUUGGACAGAACAGGAUAUUUUUUGCGUCACAUACUUACCCUUUUUAUGACUGUGAAGAAGCAAUGAAUCUUUUUGAAAAUCAGCCAUGCUAUUCCUGUGCAAGCAAUAGAUGGAAUUGCCAGUGGGACUGGAAGAGACAUAUCUGUGAAGAGUCCUCUUCAGUACAGGAUGUGAUUAAACAAAAUAUGGAAGAAGAAUGCCCGCAGUUUCUAAGCCCUAACCCUCCAAUAAUACCUAUGGAGUACCGAACAAUGGUGUAUUUUGAAGGAAGACAUCUAACUUAUUAUCAGGGUGAAAAAUUUGUGGUUGGAAACAGCCAAUUUGAUUUCGAAGCUCCUGUUGAUGAAUCAGAUGAAGGAAAAUUUUCAUUCAUGAGUAAAGAGUUCUCCUAUAGUGCAAAUGAGACCCUACGACUUGACUUAUCCAUAAGAACAGAAAAGGUCAAGAUUGACAGCAAACUGAUGGUGACUCUGUAUAACUGCUCUUAUGGACGAAGUGACUGCAGCUUAUGCCUCGCAGCCCGUGACGACUAUAACUGUGUCUGGUGUGAAGAAGAUGGCAAACCCAGCAAGUGCGUUUAUGAAAAACUCUGUCACACUUCUCCCACCAACACGUGUCCUCAUCCAGAAAUCACUCGUAUUGAACCAAAAACUGGACCACUAAGUGGUGGAAUUCUUUUGACCAUAAUGGGAUCUAAUUUGGGAAUAAAAGCAGAAGAUGUAAAAAAUAUAACGGUGGCAGAGGAGGACUGUAUUUUCAAAGAGGAAUUCUACUCUGUUUCCACAAGGAUUGUAUGUCAAGUUGGACCAAUGAAUGAACCGAAACAAGGUCAAAUUGAAGUUAACAUCAAUGGAAAAUUAGGUAAAUCACCAAAUGAAGUGCUGUUUACAUACCAGGAACCUCAUCCUUCUGGAAUAAGACCUGAAAGUGGUCCACAAGCAGGUGGAACCACACUUACCAUCACUGGUACAAACCUGGCCACUGGUUCCAAGAAGGACGUUCAUGUUUCAGUCGGUAGCCAGCCUUGCAAUGUCACUGAAUUUGGAGAUGAGAUCGUUUGCAUUACAGGACCUAAUAGCAAGGUUGAGGCUGUUCAAGUCACAAUGGACUAUGGGGGCACAGUAAUUGGUGUACCACAGCUAUUUUCAUACAGUGAGAAUCCUACUGUCACCAAGUUCCUGCCGGUAAAUAGCUUCAGCAGCGGAGGGAGAAAUAUUACAGUAACUGGAACCGGUUUUGAGCUCAUCCAGAGUUUCUCGUUGGUGGUAUAUGCAGAGCGUCCAGAAGCAGGGAAAACAAAUCUCAAAAGGUUUGAUGGAAAGCUUGUUACAAGACUCAACGAAACUACAGUGGUUUUUUCUUCCCCACCAAUACUGGAAGACCCAGAAAACUACAAUAUUACCACUAUUAUUCUAAUGGAUCAUUAUCAUUUGGUUGUAAAAAAUGAGAGCCACUCCUUUGCCUAUGUUGCAGACCCAACCUUUGAAAACUUCACAGAUGGCAUCAAAAAACAAGUCAACAAACUUAUUAAUGCAAAGGGCAGUAACCUGAACAAAGCCAUGACGAUAGAUGAGGCCCAGGCUUUUGUGGGUGACGAGCCUUGCAACAUAAAAACACUAACUGAAACGGACUUAUAUUGUGAGCCACCAGAAGUACAGCCUCAACCAAAGAAACGGCAGAAGAGAGAUACCAUCAAUAACCUUCCUGAAUUCAUUGUGAAAUUUGGACUCCGGGAAUGGAUCCUUGGAAGGGUGGAAUAUGAUACACGUGUGAGUGACAUCCCACUGAAUCUUAUUUUGCCAUUGGUACUUAUUCCUAUGAUAGCAAUCAUCGUUACUUCUAUCAUCUGUUACAGACGCAAGAGCCAACAAGCAGAACGAGAGUAUGAAAAAAUUAAAUCGCAGCUUGAAGGCCUGGAGGAGAGUGUCAGAGACCGGUGCAAGAAGGAAUUCACAGAUCUAAUGAUAGAGAUGGAGGAUCAGACAAACGAUAUCAAUGAAGCUGGAAUUCCAGUACUGGACUACAAAACCUACACGGACAGAGUCUUCUUCUUGCCCUCCAAAGAUGGAGAGAAAGACGUGAUGAUUACAGGGAAGCUGGAUAUUCCCGAGGCCAGGCGGCAGACUGUGGAGCAGGCUUUGAACCAGUUCUCUAACCUCCUCAAUAGCAAAUCUUUUCUCAUUAAUUUUAUUCACACGCUGGAAAACCAAAGGGAGUUCUCUGCUCGAGCUAAAGUGUAUUUUGCAUCUUUACUGACAGUUGCUUUACAUGGAAAACUAGAAUACUAUACUGACAUCAUGAGGACGCUGUUCUUAGAACUGAUGGAGCAGUAUGUGGUGGCCAAAAACCCAAAGCUGAUGCUAAGAAGAUCUGAAACGGUUGUUGAGAGAAUGUUGUCUAACUGGAUGUCUAUUUGUUUAUAUCAGUAUCUCAAGGACAAUGCCGGGGAGCCUCUUUACAAAUUGUUCAAGGCUAUCAAACACCAGGUAGAAAAAGGCCCAGUGGAUGCUGUACUAAAGAAAGCCAAGUAUACAUUGAAUGACACAGGCUUACUGGGAGAUGAUGUAGAGUAUACACAGUUGACAGUAAAUGUAUUUGUACAAGAUGGAGGAACCGAUUCCAUACCUGUGAAAGUGCUGAACUGUGAUACUAUAUCACAAGUAAAGGAAAAGAUAAUAGACCAAGUCUAUCGAAAUCUGCCGUGUUCUCAGUGGCCAAAAGCUGAGAGUGUAGUUCUUGAGUGGCGGCCAGGUUCUACUGCACAGAUCCUCUCAGACUUGGAUUUAACAUCCCAAAGAGAUGGCAGAUGGAAGCGUAUCAACACACUAAUGCAUUAUAAUGUCCGAGAUGGUGCCACACUCAUCUUAUCGAAAAUGGGAAUUUCCCAGCAGCCAGAGGAUAAUCAGCAAGAUGUCCCAGGGGAGAGGCAUGCACUCCUGGAAGAUGAAAAUAAGGUCUGGCAUCUAGUCCGGCCAGUAGAUGAAAUAGAUGAAGGUAAAUCGAAGCGGGGCAGUGUGAAAGAAAAAGAAAGGACCAAAGCUAUUACAGAAAUCUACCUGACCAGACUUCUUUCUGUGAAGGGAACACUUCAGCAGUUUGUAGAUAACUUCUUUCAUAGUGUGCUCAACUCAAACCACGUGGUGCCACCAGCUGUGAAAUACUUCUUUGACUUUCUUGAUGAGCAAGCAGAAAAACAUGACAUCAAGGAUGAAGAUACCAUUCACAUCUGGAAAACAAACAGCCUGCCUCUUAGAUUCUGGGUAAACAUACUGAAAAAUCCCCAUUUCAUCUUUGAUGUUCAUGUUCACGAAGUAGUGGAUGCUUCCUUGUCAGUCAUUGCACAGACUUUCAUGGAUGCUUGCACAAGAACAGAGCACAAAUUAAGCAGAGAUUCUCCGAGUAAUAAAUUACUUUACGCGAAAGAAAUCUCUAACUAUAAGAAAAUGGUGGAAGAUUACUACAAAGGUAUUCGUCAGAUGGUGCCAGUUAGUGACCAAGACAUGAAUACCCACCUAGCAGAGAUUUCUAGGGCACAUACUGAUUCCUUAAAUACGCUUGUGGCUCUACACCAACUCUACCAGUAUACUAACAAAUACUAUGAUGAGAUUAUAAAUGCACUUGAAGAGGAUCCAGCUGCACAAAAAAUGCAGCUUGCCUUCCGUUUACAGCAAAUAGCAGCUGCGUUAGAGAAUAAAGUGACUGACCUUUGACUCAAAAGCCGCAAUAAAGAAAUCUGAUCUGAAGAUGUUCAAAUUCAUUCUUCCUGUUAAGGAAAUAGUGUUCUAUUUUUUAAUGUAUAAUUACAACUUUAAAUGAAAGAUUUCAUGUUUUUUUGAUAGCAGAGGUGUAAUGUAAAGAAUUUUUACUGUAAAUUAUGCUCCUAAUUAAAAGCUGUGUUGU